AGGACGGCUGCGGCUACUCUAGACGCCAAGCCUCCGCCGAGGUUCUCUUGGAGAGGCUUCCUUCCAUCCCCAGCCAGAACCUUCCCGAUCCUCCCACUCCCAGUCCCCUCGCCGCCUCCGCGCCCCUCCGGUCCGAUCGCCUCGCCGCCGCUUGGAAUCGUGUUUCAUAGUCGAUAAGCCAUGUUCAAGAAGAAUGUCGAGGCGAAAGCUCUGCAGCGCUUGUCAGGUGCUGACAAAAAGAAGCUGAGAAGAACUGCCAAGCUAAGGUUUCCGCAGGCAUCUGAUGAGGAUAUUGAUGCCAUCCUUCCCCCCAAGGUUGAGAUAACAGUCGCUAAGUACCCAAGUCGGACUCUUGUUUAUGGAAUAGAAGGGGAACUCCCGAUGAUAUUCGACAUUGAUGGAAGAGGCCAUGAGCUGUUUCCAACAGUUUAUGCACUCUGGAAGGUUCCUGAUCUGUUGCCAGCUUUUACGCUUAAGGGUGGUGAGGUUUCACACUAUAUUCUUGGUGGCGCUGAUCUUAUGUUUCCUGGUAUCCGCAUACCCCCAGAAGGGUUACCAUCUUUUCAGGCUGGCCAACCAUGGUCAGUUAAAGUCCCUGGUAACCCUGCUCCAAUUGCUGUUGGGACCACAACUAUGAGUGAUACUGAAGCAUUAAAGGCAGGAUUACGUGGCAAGGCUUUACGGAUUGCACAUUACUACAAGGAUUUGUUAUGGGCUUCAGCUGAUGGUCGUUAUGUUCCAAAUGAAGGAUUUUAUGAUGACAUGGUUGUUGAAGAUCCUAAUUUUGCUUCAGCUUCUCAACAUGACUCUCCUGAAGAUCCUGCAGAUGGGAAGCAAGACAAAGCAGAUGCCGAUGCUUCAGACAAUCAAGCUGGAGAUCCUUCUGUUGACAGUGAAACCAUAGAAGAUGUAACUGCUGGCGUGAACGAGCUAAAUUUGCCUGAAGAGAAAACCACUGAGGAACCAACCGAGGAGAAGGAACAUCAACAUUUGUCUACUGAAGAAAUUGAUUCUCUCUUGGACAAAUGCCUUCUGCAAGCAAUACACACGAAUGUGAAAGAUAAAGACCUCCCUAUGCCAGGAAGUACAUUGUGGUCUAAUCACAUACUCCCCUGCAGACCUCCAGGUGUUACUCUGGAUAUUAAGAAGUCAUCGCACAAAAAAUUAUCCAAGUGGUUACAGUCAAAAUCUUCCUCUGGCCUUAUCACUGCAAAAGAGGACAAGCAUAAAAAGGAAGUCGUUUUGACUGGUAUCAAUCGUAAACAUCCAGAUUUCAUGGCCUUUAAACCAGAAAAGAGGGUACAGGAGCCUGUUGAGCAGCAAGAUAAUGCUGUCGCCGAAGGUAGCGGCUCAAACCAACUGGAAGUGGAGGAAACUUAUAAGCCAAGUUCUCACGUCAACCCCAUAUUUUUGGCUGUUGGAGCUGACACAGGGAAGUAUUACAGUGCAUCAGAGGCAUCUGAUAUAGUUUUCAGGUAUGUAGAAAAGGAAAAUCUGGUUAAGCCAGCAGACAAGGCUAAAGUAAUCCUGGAUGUUACGUUGUGUGAUGCUCUGUACAAAGGAGCUGUCAAAAAGGGUUCAGCAUACCCGAGUGAGAUUCACAAGAAGGAUUUGGGGUCAACGUUUAUAAACCGUAUGCAAAUCCAUCAUAGAGUGGCUAGAGGAAACGAGGUGGUUGUUCGCAAGGGUGCCAUACAUACUGUUCAGAUCAUGACAGAAAGAAGGCAGGGGAACAAGAAGAUGACCCGAGUCUCUGGAUUGGAGUGCUUUUUGCUAGACGCUGACUCGUUAGCUUCUGAACUACAGAAGAAAUUUGCUUGCAGUACCACAACAGCUGAGCUUCCAGGUAAAAAGGGGCAAUACGAGGUGCUGGUUCAAGGUGGAGUCAUCGAAAACCUCGCAAAGCACCUCGUUGACCAUUACGGUGUUCCAAAGAGAUACAUUGAGGUUUAUGACAAAACAAAGAAGUAGGAGGGGGAGCUGACUCCUGGGGAGCGCGACAUUGUUGAUAUCUAUCUGGUUCAGGAUUCUUGGGUAUCUGAUUUGAGUUCUGAGGCUGCGUGUUUCCAGAUGCGGAUGGUGGCAUCGUGUGAAAUUUGUGAGUUGUACUUAUUAAAGCUAUCACAUUUGUUGUAAACAUCCAGUGGAGGUUAUUCGUUUGCUUAAUUAGUGAGAUAUUUUUGCUUCA